GGCGCAGAUGGUCGUGGCGGACUUCCUCUCCCGUCAAGGGUCGGGCAGUGGGGGUAUGUGGCAGCAGGGGCAUGGCCAAGCGCCGGUCUGUGACAGGAGGGCGGAGUCAGGGAAGGUAGUGGCAGAAUCACUACACCUGUUGUCAAUUAACCUGUGUUUGUGUCUUCCUAGUGACCGCGCCCUAUAAAGAGAGAGAGAGAGCAGAGGAAGGGAGCUCUCUCUCCCCAGCCAGACGACUUGUGUGUGUGUGUGCGUGCAUGGCUGAGAGAGUCUCGUUUGCAUCUGAAAAGAGCAAAAAUAAACAGUGAUUGAAUUUAUUCUGGCCUGCCGUCUUUCUGUGCUCCUCCCCCUCCUACGAACUGCCACACUCUGCUGUUUGUAUUAAUGAUGAAUUUCACUGAAACUCAGGAUAGAUGUGUUAUGGUUAUGAUUCACUCUGUUUAAAUGAAACGAAACACUUUGAGUCAUCUGUUUGCUUGACUGAAUGAAAGACUGAAUGUCUCAGGCAUCAACAAAUCAGAAAACAGUUUCCUGCUCAAUAGUUAACUGUAUAUUUGUGAAAUCUGCUUUCAAGUGCUUUGAGUCUCUGAAUCGUUUUUGACUGAGAUUCGUUCAUCUGCUGCGCAUCAGACAGAUACAGUACGUUUCAUGUGUCCAAUUAUCACCUCAUUUCAUUUUUGAUUUUAAAUUUAAAGAAAAUAUUCUGCUGUAAAGGUGUCAGAUUGAUCUUGUUUCAGCCACCGGAUGUCUCAGCGUGUCCCUGUCCUUAUCGUUCAUGUUCCAGAAGAAUGCCAGGGUUUUAUUUUCUCCAAAAUACACAUAAAUAUGUUGUAAUCAUCUCUCUUUGCUCAUGUUGUUUCAGGUUCUCAAGAGUUCAUGUUCAUCAUCACAAACAGAACUAUUGCAGAAAAGGACAAGAAGCAAAUUCAAGCAGCCACCACGGUUCUCCUGGUUCCUCUUCUCUACCUCAUCUCUUUCGUGUUUGGUUUCCCCUCUAACCUUCUGGCGCUGUGGGUUCUUCUCUUCCACACAAAAAAGUUUCCAUCCACCAUUCUGUUAGUGAACCUCACCUGCUGCGACCUUCUUCUUCUCCUCAUGCUUCCCUUUCGCAUCAUCUACCACUUCCAGGGAAACAACUGGAUGUUUGGCGAAGGCUCCUGCCGCUUGCUAAUCGCUCUGUUUUAUGGGAACAUGUACGGCUCGGUGGUUUGCCUGGCACUCAUCGCUGUGGACCGUUACGUGGCUGUGGUGCAUCCGUUUGGUGCCAGAAUGCUACGGAGCGUCAAGACGUCCAUGUUGAUGAGCGUGAUGGUGUGGACCAUGGUGCUGAUUGCAGCUGUCCCUAUGCUCGCUUCACGUCAAUCUUACUUCAUCAAAGACCUUUCGAUCACAACUUGCCAUGACGCUCUUCCUGAAGAGGAACAGAAGAAGUACAUGGUGCCAUAUUUUGCCACACUCUUCUUCCUCUGCUUUCUCAUCCCGCUAUUUGUUGUUGUCUUCUGCUACAGCGCUGUACUGCGCACCCUAGUGGCCGCUGGUGCUCGCUACACCCACGCAACCCGAGUCACGGCACUCAUGUUGGUGGUUUUCAUCGUCUGCUUGCUCCCCAGUAACGUUCUCCUGCUCAUGCAUUACUCCAAAUGGUUAUACUCACCUAAGAGCACGAAAGGUCAUGAUGGUAGCUCUGACAACUCCGACCAACUCUACGUGCCCUACAUGAUCAGUCUCGCUAUCAGCACCUUUAACAGCUGCAUCGACCCCUUUAUCUUCUACUAUGUCUCCGAGGACUUUAGAGGAAAAGUGGGAAAGUUGCUGUGCUGCACAAAAAACAGCUACAAAUCUUCUUCUGGAAGUUCCUCAGGGACGACAAGGUCAAAGGUCACGCUGUUGUCGGAAAAAAGUAAAGGACUUUCAGAGAAAGAUACCAUAAACUUGUAAAGUGGUCAAGGGGAGGAGUCACGAUGACAAGAACGUAGACAAAAAUUAAACACUCGACUUUAAUAUGAGUCCGUAGAGCUUUUGUUAGUGAGCUGCCAGGCAUUAUAUCUUGUUUGCACCUGUGCUAGCAUGCUAUGUAGCUACAUAUCUAAUAACAAAGUGCAUUUAUAAAUAACUAGCAUGCUAAGUCUAAAGUUAGUUUACAGUAAUCUCAAAACAAAAGGAUAAAGACACUGAUUUUAACCGUAAAGGCGUAAAACUGGAGUGAAAUGGAAUCAGAAGAUGAGUGUCGGAUAACUCAGUGUGUGUGGUGUGUUGUUCUGGAUAAACAGUUUGUGCACAUGUGAUGAUUCUGUAUGAACAGGAAGAUGUGUGUGUAUAAAUGUUUUAAAUCUGUUUAAUGAAGAAUGUAACAGUCGUCUGUGAUUAAUGAAGAGACUGAUGAUGUGUUCAUGAAGGAUGAAGAGAAGGUUAUGAUGCGUACAGAGUGUUCGACUGUAAAAGGUAAAGUUAUCGUGUUUGACUAAAGGAUCGUCUUUAGGAUUUUUAAUGACCGUGAUGUAUUCUGGAUGCUGAUCAUCAGUGACGCGUUUGAAGAAGAGCUGCAUCGUGGAUGCCAAAGGGGUGGAAAGUGACUGCUCUUCUUUCUCUACCUUUAAAUCUGAGUGAAAGACUUUUUCACUUCAGAGCAUAUUUCUCUUCCUCCUUUCCUGCUCAUUCCUCCCUUUCUUUUAAACUCCCUCCCAUGUUUAACAUGCGACAGGAUUUCAGCGUGUGUUCGAGAGGCGAGAGGAACACACAUGGUUCCUUGGAUUUUUAUGGGUAUUCUGUGGUUCCUCAAUGUUUCUGGAGAAUUUAUCAACCCAGUAAUGAGAGGCAGAACCACAGAGUUACUGUAAGCACAGAGAACAAAACAAUAUAUAAAUAUAUAAAUGUGUAACUGUACUUGUAGUAUAUUCCUGUAUAUGGACACAAUAUGGGAAAGAAAAUAAAAGACUUGGCUUCAUUUGACAAACACAAGUUUAUGCAAACGACUUUUCCUUAGUCACCAGUUUUAUCUUCGCCGAAUCUGUCUGAUCAAAGUCACAUGAAAAGUUUGUGCAAAUUUAUUCGUAACAUUCUCACAACCUGACAAAAAGAUUUGUCAUGAUUUGUUCUCGUGUUUUAUUUCAUUAAAGGAAUUCUGCACUUGUUCUCGCCUCCACUCUGCACUCAUGACACAUUCUUAGAACAACAGUGUUCCUCCAGGGUUCCUCAAGGGGUUCUUUGUGUAUUACAGGUUGAUGAAAUCCUCCUCAGCGUGGAUCUAUCAGAGAAACACUGAUGUAGAACUGUAAGGGUUCUCCCAGAGGAACAACUGAACUACAGACAUCACACACAUUAUCUCAUCUCAUCUCAUUAU